AUGAGCUUCUUAGAGAAGACCUACAAGCAGGGAAUCUCUCGCUCACGAGAAUACACCUCGGGGCUAUCGCAUGCAACUCCACCAGAUUCAUCUAAUACGUCAGAUUCUGAGCUCCGGGACUACUCCGAAUCAUCCGGGUUUACAAAGUAUUGGAGCCUUGAAGACGUCAAUGGAGCGCUAAAAGAGCAUCCAGCCCUGUUCAUCAAAGGAAAACUAAUAAUCCCCAAGAAGUAUGGACACGGCACUGUCUAUAGCACCUACCACAAUGCAAACAUCCACCUCUCGUCCAAAGUGGCCCUGAAUCGCUCCAUUCACGACGAUGAAGUCCUAGUAUUUAUCCUAGAGAACCAGAUGAGCACAUCUAAAACUAUAUGUGACUGGAAGCUAGAUAACACCCCCACUGACCAAGAACUGGUAAUGGUGACCCAACGGUAUGAGGGUGUUGUUGUCUAUAAUUACACUGCUGUCAAAAAUAGGUAUCUUUGUUUGCAGUGUAAGCUGCUCCCCAAUAGCGGGAAUAAAACGACUAAGUUGCUCCAUCCUUUGGAUCAGCGAUACCCAGCAAUAAGUGUGUCCUUAAAGGAUAGCUAUCAAUCCCAUGAUAUGGUAUUCACCGUAGAAGCAACACAAUGGCGUUUUUCUGACUCUCAUCCACAGGGGCACAUCCUACCCAACAACCGCAACGGAUCAAUAAACAUACUUAGUCCAUGCUUAUGUACCACUCCCUUAGAUAAGUUGUGCAACCAUGUCCUGAGUUCCCAGCAACUCCCUUACACCUUUCCCGAUCAUCAUAGCUCGGAUCCCUACAAGCCCGUUUACGAUUCUGCACUCGCCCAACUAAGCCAACUCUGCAACUUGCCGCAAGAAGGAGUCACAUCCACGCAGUCUCUCUCCAGCGAUUACUUUGCUUCGCUCAUUGGGAAGUUUAGGACAGAACACUUCAGGAAGGAUCUUGAGAGUCUUGGCCGUCGAUCAUUUUGUGAAGAGGUAGUCAUCACCAUAGAUCCCGAUACUGCCAGAGACUUCGAUGACGCUAUCCACAUUUCGCCGCUUGUUUCCACAGGAGUUGGACCCGCUAUUCGCGUCCCGAUUUCAGAGUACUGGAGCAACUAUGUCAGUCCUGGCACAAAGAACUAUACAGUUGUAGGCUAUGAGGUUGGAAUCCACAUCGCGGACGCAACAUAUUAUCUGGACCAAUCUCCGUGGCUCGACGAAAUGGCUCAGAAAACAAUGUCUUCUAUUUACUUGUCAGAUCGAGUGUGCCCAAUGUUGCCACCCCUUUUUUCAAACAUCAUUUGCUCCUUGAACCCUGCCGUGCCACGCAUGGCAUUCAGUAUCGUUGUCCAGCUUGACGUUGACGGAAGGCUACUUCCUCAAGAAGUGUGGUUUGGUAAGAGUAUUAUCUUUUCCUAUGCUCGUCUGGAUUAUUCUGCAGCCCAAAGAAUCAUCAACAAGGACUUUACACCAGAUGAGAUUUCUAAGACAACAACGUCCAUUUUUGGGCUUUGGCCGUGUAUUGAAGGGUUCGCUCCGGUCGUCGCUCUAAGUGUUGACCUCAGUAACAAACUCUCCCUGGCUCUGCGAAAGCUCCGUAAGUCCUAUGGGGCACUGCUCAUCUCGAUGCCUGAGGAGCGCUACGCUAUAGAUCCAGAUACUCUCAUUGUCAGCAGGAAACAGACAGUAGAAGAAGAUGAGGCUCACCACCUCAUUGAGGAGUUUAUGCUGUUGGGGAAUUGCCUGGUGGCUCAAAAGUUGAUACUCUGUUUUCCGACCUUGCCGAUCCUUCGGAUACACCCUACCUGUAAGAAGAGCAAAAUAUUGACCCAGAUUUUGAGGCAUAGAAAGCUUCCUCAAAUAGAUACAAAGAGCCUGAUGCAGACUAAUAAAUGGCUGGAUACCUUGGGGAAGAAAAUACAAGAGGAUGGUGAGGAGCAUGGGGUACAGUUGGCGAACUACUUCUUCUUGGCGAACUGCCUGCAAAAGGCCAUCUACCAGGUAGGAUCCACCCAUCCCUUUAAAUUGCUGACCCACUGGGGGAUACACGCUCAUCUGUACAUGCAUUUCACAUCUCCGAUAAGGCGUUAUCCGGACGACAUAGCCCAUCGUCUGCUUCAUCUUGGCUUAGCGCUGGAACGUCAAGUAUAUGCGGAUGAUCCUCAAUACCACUGCUCGCAAGCUGCAACCUUCAGACCAUAUAAAUUUGUGAUUACUGAGCCCUUGGAUAUUUAUAAGGACCUCCUGUUUCAGCCACCAAAGUCCCUUUUAAGAUUAGCAAAAACGGCAUAUCACCCUAACACAAAUGCAAUGAACGUCCAGUCUGGUCCUGACACAAUCAGCAUGGAAGCUCUCGAAGAGCAGCUUCUUUCAGAAGGGUUACGAGUCGGUACAUCCUUGAAGAGUUUUAGUUUCAAAGCCGUUCUCAAGGAUAUUGAGCGUCGGUACAAUAGCGAUAAGAGCUCGAUUAUUCGUUCUGUAGAGGAUGUUGAGUCUGACGUUGAGCAACAAGUAGAGCAAUCUGCAAAAAAGUCUCCAGUCCAAGCAAUUUUUGAUCAGAUUGAAGCUGACAUCGCAACCAUAGGUUACUCCUUUUCGUCCAUAAACACCAUGGUUGAAAAGAUCAAUGCAAUCGAGCUGAAGAUAGGUAUGAUAGAGACCAUGAACCAUCGCGCAAUGCUUUGUCUUCUAAUACAGCAGACACCCGAGUUCAAAAGCAAGGGGGGAAUCGAUGUCAAAGCAUAUGUUGUUUCUUCCCAGCUCAACCGUCUGAUUACUCUCUAUGUUCCUGCGUACGGGUGCCCCUUCUCAAUGACUUAUCCGCAUGAGCUAUUAGAUAAUCUAUCUAUUCGUCUCAGAGGGUUUGAUAAAGCUGUUUCAGUUGAAAUGCAAAAGGGCCCUCCUCAAGCUGCUGAAAAGGGACUAGUUGAUAGAGUUCCUUGUCAAGACUAUGACCUUGGGGCUAAUGAGGGCUCAUCGACGAGCGUCUACGUUCUUCCGCUCAUGAUACCUAUUAGUGCUCGCAUAGUCCCCGUCUCAAAAGAAUUCUACGAGGGAGUCGACCUCCUGCUCACAGACCCCUCCCUUGCGGAGUAA